GAGAGAAAAUGGCGGCGGCUACGGCGGCUUCGGCGCCUCAGCAGUUAUCGGAUGAGGAGCUUUUCUCCCAGCUUCGUCGUUACGGCCUGUCUCCUGGCCCCGUGACGGAGAGCACCCGCCCAGUCUACCUCAAAAAGCUCAAGAAGCUUCGAGAGGAAGAGCAGCAGCAGCAGCAGCACCGGUCGGGGGGCCGCGGCAACAAGACACGGAACAGUAAUAACAAUAACACCGCAGCCACCACGGUCGCAGCCGCGGCACCGGCGGCGUCGGCCGUGGGGAUGGGGGUCCGGCCGGUGUCGGGGGAGCUCUCCUGCCUCCGGACUCCUGGCGGCCUGGGCCGAGGACCGGCCUCGGGCCCGGAGAGCCCGUUGGGAGGGCCCGGGGGUGCCUCGGCCGCCCCCACGCCUGGCAGCAAAGUGCUGCUGGGCUUCAGCUCGGACGAGUCGGACGUGGAGGCCAGUCCCCGGGGCCAGGCCGGCGGCGGGAGGAAAGAGCGGGCUUCGCUCCAGUACCGCGGGCUCAGACCGCCGCCCGCGCCGCUGGCCGCCGGCGAGGUGACUAACAGCCCCCCGGCGGAGCGGAGGAAACCCCACUCCUGGUGGGGGGCCCGCAGGCCCGCGGCCCCCGAGCUGCCAGCCCCGUCGGGGAAAGACGGAGCGGCGGAGGACGAGGACGAGGAGGGAGACGCCGGGGAGGAGCGGGACCCGGAGGCCGACGAGCCGCUGUGGCCGAGCCGGACGGUGAAUGGCAGCCGGCUGCUGCCCUACAGCUGCCGGGAGAACUACUCGGACUCGGAGGAAGAGGGGGACGACGACGUGGCCUCCGCCAGACAGGUACUGAAGGACGACUCCCUCUCCCGCCACCGGCCCCGACGCAGCCACGGUAAACCGCUUUCCCCGCUGACCGGUAAAGCCGCCGGCGGCCGGCCGGAGACCUCGGGCCAGGGAGGGGGCGGCUUCGCGAUGAAUGACAGGGCGGCGGCCGCCGGGAGUCUAGACAGGAGCCGAAACCUCGACGAGGCGGCGGCGGAGCAGCCGCAGGGAGGAGGGUGUGAGCCGCUGGACUGCAGCCCCGCGCCUCGAUACCGCGUCAACGCCAAGAAACUGGCCCCUGUCCUGCCCCCGCCGCUUCCCGACCCGGACGCCGCCGUGGAUCCAUCCAGCGGCGCCCUGCGGAAAGCCGGCAACCAUGUGGGCGGCGGCGGGCCCUUCGCGGUGGACUCCCCCAGAGCUCAUUCCAACAGCCUCUCGCCCAUGGCGGCCGCGGGCGCCCCCAGUUCACUCAGGAUCAAUCACUCCAAUCACACGGUCUCCAAUCACACCUACCUGCAGAACACCUACAGCAAACCGAAGCUCUCGGAGCCCGAGGAGGAGCUGCUCCAGCAAUUCAAACGCGAGGAGGUGUCCCCGACCGGAGGCUUCAGUGCCCACUACCUGUCCAUGUUUCUCUUAACUGCUGCCUGCUUGUUUUUCCUAAUACUGGGGCUCACUUACCUGGGAAUGAGAGGGACUGGAGUAUCCGAGGAGGAAGGACUCAGCAUAAAAAACCCCUUUCAUGGAACAUUUGGAAAAAUACAAGAAUAUGAAAAAAAUCUUAUGAUGAACACAUUGUAUAAGCUUCAUGAUCGAUUGGCACAACUUGCAGGAGAUCAUGAAUGUGGCAGUUCUAGUCAGAGAACACUUUCUGUCCAAGAGGCUGCUGCAUAUUUAAAAGAAUUGGGUCCUGAAUAUGAAGGCAUAUUCAACACCUCAUUGCAGUGGAUUUUAGAAAAUGGAAAAGAUGCUGGUAUAAGGUGUGUUGGAUAUGACCCUGAGGAAGAAUUAGCAAAUAUAACAGAUGUGCAAUUUUUACAGUCUACACGACCACAGAUGUCUUUCUGGUGUCGUUUUCGACGUGCUCUUAUUACUGUAACCCACAGGUUGUUGUUGCUUUGCUUAGGUAUAGUAAUGGUAUGUGUGGUUCUACGCUACAUGAAGUAUCGCUGGACAAAAGAGGAAGAGGAAACAAGACAAAUGUAUGAUAUGGUGGUAAAGAUUAUAGAUGUUUUACGGAGUCAUAAUGAAGCGUGCCAAGAAAAUAAAGAUUUACAACCUUAUAUGCCUAUUCCACAUGUGCGAGAUUCCUUAAUACAGCCUCAUGACAGGAAAAAAAUGAAGAAAGUAUGGGAUAGAGCUGUUGAUUUCCUUGCUGCUAAUGAAUCUAGAGUUCGCACAGAGACACGAAGAAUAGGUGGUGCUGAUUUUUUGGUCUGGAGAUGGAUCCAGCCUUCUGCAUCUUGUGACAAAAUAUUAGUAAUACCUUCUAAAGUAUGGCAAGGUCAAGCAUUUCAUUUAGAUAGAAGAAAUUCCCCACCAAAUAGUUUGACACCAUGUCUAAAGAUUCGAAAUAUGUUUGAUCCAGUUAUGGAAAUAGGGGAUCAUUGGCAUUUGGCAAUUCAAGAAGCAAUUUUAGAGAAAUGCAGCGAUAAUGAUGGCAUUGUUCAUAUUGCAGUAGAUAAAAAUUCACGAGAGGGGUGUGUAUAUGUUAAGUGUCUGUCUCCAGAGUAUGCUGGAAAAGCUUUUAAGGCAUUACAUGGCUCUUGGUUUGAUGGGAAAUUGGUUACAGUAAAAUAUUUACGGCUAGAUAGAUAUCAUCAUCGCUUUCCCCAAGCUCUUACUUGCAACACUCCCUUGAAGCCAUCAAAUAAACAUAUGAACUCUAUGUCUCAUCUUCGUCUUCGGACUGGCCUAGUCAAUUCUCAAGGAGGUUCCUGAAAAGAUUUCUACUACUCCUAGGACUGUUCUUUACAAUAGGAAAAUUCCUCUUUGGCUUCCUGUCUUCCUUUUAAAAUGCUUUUUGUAUGUAAUAUUUUUAUUGAUGAAUAUGGCUCUGUUUGAAUGUUUCAGAAAUCUUAAGGUUCUAAAGGGACUUAGCAGUGAGGCAGCAAUGCUGAAUAGAUAGAAUUAUUGUUUCAUUCCGUUUUUGGAGCUCAGUUCAGCCAGUGCAUUUAAAGUUUUGCAUGAGGAACAUUGACUU